AUGCCCACAAAAGAGAAAAAACCAACAGAAACCGAAGAUAGGGAUGACGAAGGAGAGGAGAAGGAGCCAACGGCAAAAGGAAAGAGUAAGAGGGACGCAAAGACAAGACAGAAGAGCUCCGAGGAGAAGAUAGAGAGCGCUGAGACACGUACAGAGAAGAGAAAAAAGAGCGAAUCUGUGAAAGAGAAAAAGAAAAAGGAAGAUGUUGAGGUGACAGAGAAUGACAACGGGACGGAUGAGCAGAACAACAAUGAGCCCAUCAGCAAAGAAAAACGGACCUCAAACGAGGAACGGGAGGUAAGGAAAGAGAAGAAAAAGAAGAGUAAACCAUCCGAAAGCAAAGAAAGACAAGAAGACAUGGGGUCCAAGGAGAAAAAGAGCAAAGACGGCAAGAAAAAGAAGAAGUCGGCCGAGGAGGAGGAGGAUGAGGAUGCCGUCGACGAGGAAAAGAAAGCAAAGAAAGGGAAGAAGUCAAAGGUCAAACAGGUGGAUUAUGCUGAGGUCUACCAGGAAGAGCUGCUGAGCUAUCACACGGAGGAAUCGGAUGAUCAAGAAGAUGAAUUCAACAAAAAGAAAGUGUACGAGGUGGUGACCAUCACAGGGGAUGUUAAAGGCGCUGGGACUGAUGCUAAUGUAUUUGUCACCAUGUAUGGAGAGUUUGGAGUGACUCCCAAAGUUCACCUGGCCAGCAAGAGCAGAACAGCCUUUGAAAAGAACAAGACUGACGUUUUUCGGAUCAAAACGCACAAUGUUGGACCAAUAAAGAAAAUUAGAAUCGAGCAUGAUAGCACUGGCAUGAGUGCCAGUUGGUUCCUGGACCGGGUCAUCGUGACUGACAUGAACAGGCCACACCUCCGAUUCUUUUACGCCUGCAACAAUUGGCUGAGCAGAGACGAGGGGGAUGGACUUACUGUCCGAUAUCUGUUGGGUAGCCUGAACCCCAUGGACAUCCCAAAACAGAACAAGUACAUAGCCAGUGUCUUCACAAUGGAUGCUAAAGGCAGUGGGACCGACGCUGAUGUCUACCUCAGUGUUUUCGGCGAGUUUGGGGAUACAGGAGAACGAAAACUGGCCAGCGAUGGAAAAGACAAUUUCGAGCGCGGUAAUGAAGACAAAUUCACCAUCGAAGCACCAAAUCUUGGCAGACUUCGAAAAAUCACCAUCGGACACAAUAGCAAGGGGUCUUCUGCUGGCUGGGCAUGUGAUAAAGUUGUAGUAGAUGACAUGGGGAAUAAGGAGGUUUAUGAGUUUCCUGUCAAUGCCUGGUUUGACAUCUCAGAAGGGGACGGCAAAAUACAAAGAGAUGUGCUUGCCGGAGCCACGCAGCCAAUGGCGAUUGUGUAUAACGUACAGGUGAUGACGGGUGAUAUUCGUGGAGCUGGCACUAACUCUAAGAUCCACUUUGUCAUGCACGGUCGUAAAGGAAUUAAGAACAGCGGUAAGUUGUUCCUGGAGGGCGGCACGUUUGAGCGCGCUCAGAUCGACAUCUUUAACGUUGAGCUGCUGGAGCUGCUCAGCCCGCUCAGCAGAGUCACGAUCGGACACGACAACGCUGGGAUCAGCUGCGGCUGGUAUUGCGAAAAGGUGACGGUAUACUGCCCGUUCACAGGUUUAGAGCAGGUAUUUCCCUGCGGCAGGUGGUUGGAUGAAGAUGAGGGUGAUGGACUGGUGGAGCGAGAACUGUAUGAGAUGGUCUCACUCAGACAGAAAAAGCAAAAGAAAUUCCCCUGGUCUCUGUGGAUCUGGACGUCUGAGAUUAAAGGUGCAGGCACAGAUGCCCAGGUGUUCCUGCAGGUGUACGGAGAGAAGGGCAAGAGCGAUGAGAUGAAACUCGAGAGCAAAUCAGACAGUUUUGAACAGGGACAGUGCGACAAGUUCAUUAUUGAGAUGGCCGAUAUCGGGAAGAUACGCAAGCUGAGAAUCUGGCACGAAAAGAGGAAUCCUUUCUCUGGCUGGCAUCUUGGCAGGGUGACAUUGAUGAAGACCCUUACUAGGGAGAAAUGCUCAUUUGUUUGUAACCGUUGGUUGGACAUCAAUGAAGAUGACAAUGAGAUCGUUAGAGAGCUGCCAGCUACUGGAAAACUUGUGCCAGAAGCUUUACCACUUAUUAAGUAUCGUGUGACGAUUUGCACGGGAAACAUCAGCGGAAGUGGAACAGAUGCCAGUGUUUAUUUAAACAUCAUUGGUGACUUGGGAGACACUGGAGAGCGUCUGAUGUUCAUGAGCAAAAACAACGCCAACAAGUUUGAGAAAGGAAAUCAUGAUGAGUUCCUGGUAGAGGCGGUCAACCUGGGACAGAUCAGGAGGGUUCGGAUUGGUCAUGACGGACGAGGCGGAGGAUGUGGUUGGUUCCUAGAUAAGGUGAUGAUCAGAGAGGAGGGGCAACCUGAGGCGUCAUCCAUCGAGUUCCCAUGUUACAGGUGGUUGGAUCGUAAUGAAGACGAUGGGCAGAUUGUAAGAGAGUUAGUCCCUACUGAUGAUGGUCAACGUUUGUUUACUGUUGGUUAUCACAUUGCGAUAAAGACAGGCAGUAUUAAUGGUGCCAGCUCAGAUUCGAAGGUGUUCGUAAAGCUGUAUGGAGAGAAAGGCGACACCAACAAGAUGCUGCUGGUCGUCUCCGAUAACGACCUGGUGAACUAUUUUGAGACGGGACAGACGGACAUCUUCACCAUAGAGACCUUUGACAUUGGCAAUAUAAACAGGUUGCUGAUUGGCCACACUAACGAGGGUCUGCGAGCCGGUUGGUUCCUGGACAGCGUUCAGAUUUGGGUGUCGGUGCACGGGGUGCAGUACAUGUUCCCCAGUCACCGCUGGCUCUGUAAAGACGAGGCUGAUGGGAAGGUGGAGGUGGAAAUCUAUCCUAGUGAGACACUGGAGAUAGAGAAAUUGAUCAAUUAUGAGGUUACCGUGGUGACAGGAGACGUGUGGGCUGGAGGGACGAAUGCAAAUGUCUUCCUGCAGAUUUACGGUGAGGAGGGGAAAACCGAACUAAUACAGCUCAAGAGCCGAUCCAACAACUUUGAAAGAGGAACCACUGAGAUCUUUAAGAUCGAGGCCUUAGAUGUGGGACGGGUCUAUAAGAUCCGGAUCGGCCAUGACGGCUCGGGAAUAGGGGCUGGAUGGUUCCUGGAGAAGGUGGAUGUUAAACGGCUGGUCAUGGCAAUGGUGAAACCAGAGAAGAAAGAGGAGGACAAGAAAGACAAGAAGAAGAAAAAGAAGAAAAAGGAGGAAGAAGAGGAAUCCCCAGGUGAACUGAAGGAGGUUGUUCGGGCUUUCAGUUUCCCAUGUGGCCGAUGGCUCGCUCGUGAUGAAGAGGAUGGAGAGAUACUCGUGGAGCUCUGUGCUGAGGAUUACGAAGAUCUGGAGGAGAACUCAUACGAGGUUCAUGUGUAUACUGGAGAUAUGCUGGGGGCCGGAACAGAUGCGGGUGUUUACAUCAACAUCUAUGGAGAAAUGGGCGACACAGGCGAGAGAAAACUACGCAAGUCAAACCACCUUAACAAGUUUGAGCGCAGACAGGAGGACGUGUUCACGAUCACUGGGAUGGUUCUGGGGCCGCUGAAGAAACUGAGGAUUCGUCAUGACAACAAGCAGGCGAAUGCUGCAUGGUACCUGGACCGCGUCGAGAUCUUUGAUUCCAAAGAUGAAACCAUGUAUUUUUUCCCCUGUCAGCGCUGGUUGGCGGUUGAUGAAGAUGACGGGCAGCUGGGCCGUGAAUUAGUGCCCGUAGACGAGGCUUUCAUGAAGAGAGAUGAAGAUGAAGAAGAGGAGUCCUCGCCUGCUCAACUCGGAUUAGAGCAAAAAGCCAUGUCAACCACAUUCACAAUGAGAGUAAAAACAGGGGAGAAGAAGAGCGCCGGGACAGAUGCAAACGUUUAUGCAAUUCUUUACGGAACCAAAGAUGACACUGGGAUCAUUAAUCUAAAGGCGUCUAAGAACCAUAGGAACAAGUUUGAGUUGGGACUGAUUGACGAGUUCACCAUAGAGGCAGUGGACAUCGGAAAACUCAAGAGAAUCCGCAUCGGACACGACAACGCAGGUGUGUCUCCAGGCUGGUUUCUGGAUUGGGUAGAGAUCGAUGCUCCGUCUCUGGGUCAGCUGCUGCGGUUUCCAUGUGGCCGCUGGCUGGAUAAAGGAAAAGACGAUGGUGCCAUUGACAGAGACCUGUACCCUAAUGAACUGCAGACAGUACUAUACACACCCUUUGUUCCCUAUGAGAUUAAAAUCUUCACCAGUGAUAUAUUUGCUGCGGGAACGGACGCAGACGUCUUCAUCAUUCUGUACGGGCAGAACGGAGUGUGUACGUCUCAGAAAUCUCUCUGCGUUAAUAAGAGAGAGAGGAGGAUGUACUUUGAACGAGGGGCGGAGGACAUGUUCAUCGUAGAGUUGGAGGACAUUGGUGAUAUCAUUGAGAAAAUCCGUAUCGGUCACGAUAAUCGAGGGGUGAAUCCUGGCUGGCAUUUAGACCGUGUGGAAAUUCGCAGGCUGCUUCGGAAAGGAAAGGGCUCUGAGACGGCGAUAUUCCCUUGUGAGGGAUGGUUAGCUCGCUCGGAGGAGGACGGCGAGACCAUUCGAGAGCUGGUGCCGUCUGACAUCAUCGUGGAGAAACUUUCACGAGACGGAACCCUCAAAGUCAUCGAGACAGAGGUGGACGACGCGCUGGAGAUACACACGUAUACAGUGGCGGUGACCACCGGGGACGUGUAUGGAGCGGGAACCGAUGCCAACGUGUUCAUCACUCUUUACGGAGACAUGGGCGAUACUGGAGAGCGUAAACUCAGCAAGUCUGAGAACAGCAACAAGUUUGAGAGAGGAUCGGUGGACACAUUCACUCUGGAGGCUGUGGAUCUGGGCCAGGUGUUCAAGAUCCGAGUUCGCCAUGACAACAGCAUGCUGAGUGCUGAUUGGUAUCUGGACCAGGUGGAAGUGGUGGACCAAGAUACGGAGGAAGUGUUUUUGUUUUUGUGUGAACGAUGGCUUUCGAGAAAGAAGGAGGACAAACGGAUCGACAGGGUGUUCUAUGUUAAGGGGUAUGAGGGAGAGCGAGAGACCGCCUUCUGUCCAAUUAAAAAAGUGACAAAUCUGGACAGCAACAUGAACAAGAAAAACAAGAAGCGACAUUCAGAAAAAGAAGAAGACGAUGAAGGAUCAUUAAUUCCCUACCACUUCUCGGUGACGACGGGGUUGGAUCGGGAUGCUGGGACGAGUAGCCGAGUGUAUGUCAUCAUCAUAGGAAAGAAGAACAAGAAGACAGAACACCUCUGGCUCGACUUGGAUGGGAAAACCGGAUUCAUGCCUGGAUCCUUGGAUUACUUCAGCUGUUUCGGAACUGAUGUUGGCGACAUCAAGAAAGUGGAAGUGAUCUAUGAGGUGACGGUGAUAACAGGAGAUGUCCAGCACGCAGGUACAGACACACAGAUCUACAUGACUGUGUUUGGAGUCUACGGCACGUCAGAGGAAAUGCUGCUGCCAAAAUUAGAGGACAGGUUUGAACGAGGGCAGAAAGACACAUUCAAUCUGGAGAUUGAGGAUAUCGCUCCUUUGAGAAAGAUGAGAGUGCGUAUAGAUGGUUCUGGAAGCAGACCCGACUGGUUCCUGGAUAAGAUUGAACUGCAUAACCUGCAGACGGAUGAAGUGGCAUUAUUUACGUACGAGGAAUGGCUGUCUCGCUCAUACGGGCCCAAGCGAACGCUCCUAUGCGAGAUGCCUGCCGAGAUAAAUGACGACGAAAUGGUGGAGCUUACCACCUACACCGUUUCUGUGAAGACCAGCGAUGUAACUGCGGCUGGAACCGAUGCUAACUUGUGGAUGAUUAUUUUUGGUGAGAACGGUGACACUGGAACGCUGACUCUGAAAGAAAGCAACAACACCAACAAGUUUGAGCGCAAACAGACGGACACUUUCCGUUUCUCUGACAUCCUCAGCUUGGGCGAGCUCUCGAAAGUGCGCAUUUGGCACGACAACUCAGGUCUGGCUGCUGGUUGGCACCUGGAGUAUGUGGACGUGCACGAUGACAUCUUGGAGAAGAAGUUUCGUUUCCAGUGUGAUCGCUGGCUCGCCAAGAACGAGGGUGAUGGACAGAUAAUGAGAGAGCUGGCGUGUGCCAACAACGAUGCAGUGGAUUUCGAUGAAAAAACCAAAUAUGAGAUCCUGGUCACGACAGCAGAUGCAGAUGAUGCUGAAACCAAAGAAAACGCCUGGAUCGUUCUAGAAGGGAAGAAAGGACGUUCCAAAGAGUUUAUGAUGGAGAACUUGACUAAAAAGAAGCGUUUUUUACGAGGCGCUUCGGACCGCUUUGAGUUCUCCUCCAAGGAGCUGGGAGACAUCGCAAGCAUCUGUCUGGGACACAUCCCUAAAGAUGGCAAGAAAGUUAAAGCUGAAGCCUCCUGGUUUGUGGAAGAGGUUGUUGUCACGGAGAAGGAGCUGGGCAAUAAGUAUAUUUUCCGUUGUGACACCGCCAUCCCUCUUUCCUCAAAACGGGAUGAGUUCCAGACCUUCGAGUGCAGCAAGUUCAUCGAGAGCUUCACCAGCAAGGCCCAAAGCCUCGUACCUGUAAAAUACGAGCUCAUCGUUAUCACGGGCGACGACAAGGGCGCAGGCACUGACGCCAACGUCUUCAUCACCAUCUUCGGCUCCAACGGCGACUCCGGUCAGAGGCAGCUUACCAAGAAGUUCCAGAACCUGUUUGAGCGUGGCCAGACAAACCGGUUUAUUCUAGAACUGCUGGACCUGGGCGAUCUGCUCCGCAUGCACGUGGAACACGAUAACUCCGGACUCAGUCCCGGAUGGCUCCUGAGCAGGAUCGAGAUUACAAACACGGCCAACGCUGUGACCACGAUCUUCAUUUGUGGGAAAUGGCUGGACAAAAACAAAGCGGACGGGAAGAUAAAGCGUGUGAUCUAUCCAAAGUAUUGACAUUUAUUCAACCAGCCAAUGGUUCGGUCAGUAUUACUAGUGAAUAUUCAUUACACGAUGUGCUCGUAUCAACAAUCCUUUGGUUAUUUACUCACACUAAUGUUGUUCCAAACUUGUAUGACUUUGAAACACAUAAGAUCUCCAUACUGUGACAGUCAAUGGAUUCCAAUGUUGUUUGGACCCAAACAGUCUU